AUGACGCGGCUGGGGCUUGCACUGCCUUGCUUGCUGCGGCUGCUCAGGCUCACAACUUGGAAGCUGAAGGAGUCAACCAACUAGCAGCCUGUUGCAAUGAAAAUGCAUGGCAUAAACCGAGACCGACAUGUUAUACAUCUUCAUUGUCUGUGGAUUGUGGGCUGUGUUGCCUCCUCCUUCCUGCCCUCUGGCCCUGUCUCCAUCUCUUCCCCUGUUGGAAGCCAAGCCAUCCUUCCUUGCAAAUGGAAGUCCCAGCUAGACAACGUCCCAGUUUGCCACGUCCUAUGGCAGACACCCGAUGCGCCCGUGUUUGAGCAAUACGGGGAGCAACAGUGGCAGGCCAGCGAGUUUGAGGGGCGGCUGGAGGUACCUGGGGAAAAGCUUUGGGAGGGCGACUGCUCUCUGAUCUUGCGCGACGUGCAGUUUGGGGAUGUGGGGCUUUACGAGAGCUUCAUGGUGGUUGACAGGACAAGGAGGAAAAGGCGGGUGUUCAUCCAGAGUGUCCAACUCUCAGUCUAUGACCAUAAGUCCAAGCUGUCAAUGGGCAUGGGUGAAGACCUGGUCCUGAAGCUCCACACUCCACAGGCCAUGAGAGUGGUCUUCCAAGGGAGGAACAGCACAGAGUGGAAGGUCCUGUGGAUGAGGGGUGACGAGAAGGUCAACAGGGGUCGUCUUGAGGAGGCUGAAGGGGUGGUGAUCCUCAGAGGGUUAAGGAUGGACAACUCUGGGACUUAUAAAGUGCUGGAUUCCCAUGGGCUUUCGGUGAGCACUGUGCAACUCACAGUGGAAGAAGUUGCUAAAACUCAAAAGAUUAUCCACAUCCAGGACAAACCUGUAGGUAAAUCGACUGUUUACAGGUCCUCCUCUCUGCUCAUUGUUUUUGUCCUGCUGAUCAGUCCUCUGAUUCAACAUCUCUAACAAGGUUUAAACCUUUUGGGCUAGUUUCCCAGAACCAAAUAAACAAACCCCUAUACUAAAAAGCACUUUCAUCCAUUGAAAGUGAUUUUUGGUCUAUAGGCAUAGAGGGAAGACAUACUGGGCCGAUGGUUGUCUGAAAGCAGUAUGUGGCCAUUCUAUCGCAUGUGGUCACCUUGGUAUGUUGUUAGGGACCACCUGAUGUGUGGUUGUGUGUGGUGGUCUUCUUCCCCAAUUCAACAUGUAGAGUCUGCGACACCCUUGGGCCAUGUAAGCCAAUCAGAGUGGCGUAGUGCUUACCCCUCGCUAAGCAAAAGUUAAAUAUAACAAAGGCUAAUAAAAUGUUGGUUGUAGUCUGGGAAGUGGGCUCCAGUGCACCUUUUACCUCAAAUAAAAGAUGGUUCAGCCAGUUUCCUGAACGCAGUUUAAUUAUAGUCCUUGACUAAAAAGCAUGCUCAACGGAGAAUCUCUUUCGAAAGUGGUUGUUUGUCCAGGACUAGGUUUAAUCUGGGUCCGUAAAACCGGCCAAUUGUGUUCAGGGUGACGCCCCUUUUUUUUCUCUGCUACGGUCACAUUGAGUUCUCACUGUAUAGCCUACUAUUGUAUUCUACAGAGUUUGGGUCAAUCCAAUUCAGUAACAAUUAAAAGUUGAAAUGAACUCAUUCUCUUUAAAUCAUCCUAAAACGUUGUUUAUUCACUCCACAUCAUUAAAACUGGAAUCCUUAGUUGCUAAAUGAAUGAUAUACCCAUUAAUUCUUGAAGAAUACAACGUAUAUGUAUAUAUCAGAACCCCAAAUACAUGCUUGUUUUACUCCAAUGUUAGUAAAGAAUGCAAAUGUUAAACCUGUAAUUUUGAUAUCAUGGAUGGUCAGUCCUUGGCACCAUAGCUCUCUCUAUGGAUUUGAGUGGUUACAUUUCUCCAGGUUCAUCCCUUAUCUUCUUACCAAAACACAGGCGGGUGGCUGCUUUGUUAUUGUUUCAUUUAAGGAUUCUAGCUUUAAUGGGUUUGAUUUGUACAAAUAACCUGAAAGCACCAUGUUUAGUUUGGAAGUUCAGUGUUUGUAAAUAUUCUAUGAUAGUAAUAUAUACUGAGCAAAAAUAUAAACGCAACAUGCAACAAUUUCAACGAUUUUACUGAGUUACAGUUCAUAUAAGGAAAUCAGUCUAUUGAACUUAAUUAGGCCCUAAUCUAGGGAUUUCACAUGACUGGGCAAGGGCAAUUUGUAUGAGCAUUAUAUACACAAAAAAGUAUAUCAUACAAUCAAAUGAAAGUGUGAGUUGUUUUGGUGUUCAAUUUAAAACAGCAAUGUAAUCUUAAUUUAUGUUAAAUAAAGCAUUGAAAAUGACA